AUGUUUGAUCCCGUAGCGUUCGUACCAACACUAGAAGAUGACGAUGAACCAGCGACACUCAAGCCAGACGCAAUGGCUAUCUUGCAUACAAAACCCAAAAGAAAGCUUCCCCUGACUACAACAACCAACGUAAAACCCUCCAAGAAGAAGGCUCGAGUAGACGAAGAUGCAGAUAGUCAAGAUUCAAACGAUACCGCUAUUGAUCCUUCCUUCCAAUUUGAUGCUGAUGGAGGAGAUGUCACUACAUCGCUAGCAAACUGGAACUUCAACUCGGUUCUUGAUUGGGCAAAGGGAACCAGUCGCUCUGGCUUCACAUCAGUUGAAGAAAAAAUAGCCAGCUUCAAACUACAAGGUCUAGGCCCGAAAAUGUCGAUGAUCCAGGACAGGGAAGACGAUGAUGAGAAGCAGCAGGUCAAGAAAUCUGAUGAGCCAGAACUAGGUCAAAACGACGAUGAAGGCACUGACAGGGAAGGCAUAGAGAUUGAAGCUGAGGAAGAGGAUGGAGAUGUAGAUAUGGAGGAUGCAGAGGAUAUGGAAGAUGUAGAAGAAGCAUCUUCUGUGUCUGGGGACGACGACUCUGAGAAUGAUGAAGAGGAAAUCAGUGAGGAAGAAGACGAUGAGGAAGAAGGCGAAGAUGAGCCUAUGACCAAUAAACCUAUAGAUUUGGAAGCCUUGAAACAGAAUCUGGAUUUGGAUGACUUGGAGGCAGAUGAUAUUGAAUUGAGUGAUACUGUCUUGCAAAAGAAAAAAGCCGAAUUCUUUGCACCCGCUCCAGACGCACCAGCUAUUGGCUCAUUCGCAGACAUGAAGCUAUCACGACCUGUAUUAAAAGCAAUCACUGCAGCAGGGUACACGACUCCCACGCCUAUACAAUCGAACGCCAUCCCAGUCGGCCUUCGAGGUCGCGAUAUCUGUGCAGCUGCUGUAACAGGUUCUGGUAAAACAGCUGCGUUCCUAAUACCAAUAAUCGAACGAUUAUCAUAUCGUCCUCGUAAUCCACCUACCACCCGAGUGUUGAUUCUUGUACCCACUCGUGAAUUGGGUGUACAAUGUCAUGGUUCGUUGACGGCCUUGACGCGGUUUACAGACAUUACAUCUGCGUUAUGUGUCGGAGGUUUGGAUGUGAGACGACAGGAAGCUGAAUUGAGGAAGGCACCUGAUGUGGUUGUAGCUACUCCUGGUCGACUUAUUGAUCAUUUGAGGAAUGCGCGUGGGUGGGGUGUGGAGCAUGUGGAAAUCUUGGUUAUGGAUGAAGCUGAUCGAAUGCUUGACGCUGGUUUCCAAGAAGAAUUGGCCCAAAUCAUCUCAUCAACACCGCGUAAUCGCCAAACAAUGUUGUUCAGUGCUACUAUGACAGAUAAUGUUGACCAACUGGUAUCGCUAACCCUGAAGGAACCCGUCAGACUCUUUAUAAACUCUACAGAAUCCAUCGCAUCUCGUCUAACCCAAGAAUUUGUCCGAAUCAAAGAAGACCGUGAUCGUCUGCCGGUUCUCAUGGCAUUAUGUAAAAGAACUUUCAAAGAACAAGUCCUAAUAUUCGUGAAAAGUAAAGCCCUAGCACAUCGUAUCCGUAUCUUGUUUGGAGUUGUCGGAAUGAGGGCUGGUGAAUUACACGGUGACUUGAAUCAAGCCCAGCGCCUUGAAGCUCUAUCAGCAUUCAAGUCUGCUGAUACCCCAUAUCUGAUUGCUACGGAUUUGGCGUCGCGUGGUUUGGAUGUGCCUGGAAUCAAGACUGUUAUAAACAUGUCGUUGCCUGCUACAUAUGCCCAGUAUAUACAUCGUGUGGGACGUACUGCUCGUGCCAGUGAUUCUGGUACAGCAGUGUCAUUGGUGCUCGAGUCAGACCGCAGUAUGGUGAAACUGGCAUUGAAGAAUGCUACAAGUAAUGUCUCGUAUCGUACUGUUAAACGUGUCGUCAUUCAGAAAUUCAAAUCGUUGAUUGAUGCUGCCAAGGAGUUGAUCGAGAAGGUUAUUGAGCAAGAAGGAUUUGAGAAACAGAUGAAUGAAGCCGAGAUGGAGGUAAUGAAAGCUUCCAAUAUGAUUGAUCAUCGCGAUGAGAUUUUGGGUCGACCAGCGCGCUCUUGGUUCCAAAGUGGACUUGACAAGUCCAAAGCACGAGAAUCAUCCAAGAAUGCUCCUAUAUCUGCUAUACCUGCUUCUCAAAAGGAUGACAAUAGUAUCUCUACCACACAACCAAAACGAGAAAAGACACGUCGCGAGAGACGCAAAAUGGAAGCCCUCAACGACGGAGCCAACCCCAAAGCCCAAAAGUUUGCUGUACGAGCAGCUAAAAAAGCAGCAAUGCCUAAAAAGAUUGGUGCUAUAGCUCCCAAAUCAGUAGGAAAAUCAGGACCCAAGAAACCACAACAAAAUAAGAACAAGAGUAGUUUCGGUGCUCGGGGAUUUGCCACCGAGCUGAGUGAUACUAGUGGUAGAGGUGCGGGGGCAAAAUAUAAGAGUAAAAGCAGUUCUAGUUUCAAGAAGGGUGGAAGUAAAGACUUUAAAGGUGGAAAAGCAGAUUUCGGUGGCAGUGGUGGUAAGAAGGGGAGCUUCUCAAAGGGCGGUAACAAGGGAGGGAAAUUCAAAAGCAAAGGUGGUAGCAAGAAGGGUAGACGAUGA